UACUGUACUGUAGGUUGCGUGUUUAUACAAGACAUAUCUGGACAAGACAAUGGGGUCACUGUCUUUAAGCGGUAAAAUAAGUAUCGUAACAGGUGCUACUCGUGGAAUCGGUAAAGCAAUUGCUAUCCAGCUCGGUCAACAAGGUUCCAAGGUUUAUAUUACCGGAAGAACAUUGAGCCCUCAAGAUGGCGUGUGUUUACCAGGAUCGCUAGAGGAGACAGCACGUGACAUCCACGCUCGAGGAGGAGUUUGCGUACCAAUUCAAUGUGACCAUUCAAAAGAUAUAGAUAUUCAACGCUUAUUUGAACGCAUCACAGCAGAAAACGAUGGAAGGUUAGAUAUUUUUGUCAAUAAUGCGUUUUCGGGAAAUGAUACCCUUUUGAAGGAGCGAGGAAAACCAUUUUGGGAACAGUCGUUGAACAUGUGGGACGAUAUAAAUGAGGUCGGUUUGAGAAAUAACUAUUUGUGCGCUAUCUACGCGUCUAAAUUGAUGGUACCACGUAAGAAUGGCAUCAUAAUAAAUGUGUCGUCUGCUGGGGCUUCAAUGUAUAUGUUGAAUCCUGCAUAUGGGAUUGGUAAAGCUGGUGUUGAUCGCAUGACAGCAGAUUGUGCCCUGGAACUGAGGAAGCAUAACAUAGCCUUUGUUAGUUUGUCACCCGGUCCUGUGAGCUCAGACACUUUAAUGGCGUUGUCAAAGGGAGCCGAAAAUCGUGGAGAAAACAUCGAAGAAUACCGGAAAAUUGCGAAAAUUGCCGAAUCGCCUUGUUGUGCUGGGGAAUGUGUUAUUGCUCUGGCUAAUGAUCCGAAUAUAAUGGAAAAGACGGGAAAAGUAUUCUCAACUGUUCAAUUGGCAGAGGAGUAUGGAAUUGUUAAUAAAAAAGGAAACGAGCCAGAAGCAAAUGCUUUAGAAACCUUUUUGAAUUUUGUACAAGGGCACAUCAACUAGAGCUAAAUUAAAUUCUUAUAUAAAUGUAGAUGAUGAUUUUCGCACAACAGUACGCAAUUGUGUACUAAUAUUGAUUUUGUAUUGGAUUCAUACAAAUCCUUGUAUAAAUGCUAUUUCCUUUGU